CGGAGACUGGAGACAACAUCAAAUAUUUUGGCAACGAAGGUCGGAGUUUGUGGAAGGGGUUUAAAAAUCUAUUUUUUAGGCACUUUUGUGCGGUUAAUGAAAUUGGAUGACUGGGGAUCAUACACUCCGAAUACUAUUCUGGCCUGAGACGCUGUCUUGAAGAAAAAUUCAAAGAAUAAAGUAUUCAAAUUUUGAGUUGAAAUCAUGCCUGGCGAUCGUUACGAUGGCGUCUGGGUCGACGAGAUGGAUGGGCCUGAACGACACGAAAGAGCGAAGAAACGUCGAGCUGAACAGCUUAAAAGAUUUGAAGCACGAGAAAGUGCAUCUAACGAUGAACCGAAAUCUAAAAAGAGAGCUAAAAGGCAGAUAAAUUUCACUUCAAAUAUUGUAAUGCUUGAGGCCGCAACGAGGGAAGAUCUUGACGAAGUUGCCAGCCUGUUAGAGAACGGAGUUAGCCCUGAUCUGGCCAACGAAGAUGGCUUGACGGCGCUACAUCAGAGUUGCAUUGAUGGCUGUGAUGAUAUGGUGAAAUAUCUGAUUGAACAUAAAGCCAAUGUAAAUGCAUGUGAUAAUGAACUAUGGACACCUCUCCAUGCAGCAGCUGCGUGUGGUCAUUUAUCAAUCAUAAAAUACUUGUUAAAAAAUGGUGCUGAUAUUAUGGCAUUAAACCUUGAUGGUAACCUUCCUGCUGGUGUUGUUGAAGAAAAUGAUGAAGUUGAAAAGUUCCUUGAUAAAGAAAUGUUGAAAUUAGGUUAUGAUGAAGCAGCAAUUGAAGAGUUAAGAUUGAACCAAGGAAAACUAUUGCUGGAUGAUUUAAAAGAUUCUGUUGCCAAAGGAAGGAGUUUAGAUAUCCAAGAUGAAGAUGGUGCCACAGCUUUUCAUGUUGCAGCUGCUAAUGGUUGGACAAAUGUCAUUGAUUUCUUGUUGGAAAAUGAGGCUGAUUUUGAAGUAGCUGAUAAUGAUGGCUGGCAGCCAAUACAUGCUGCAGCUGCCUGGGGACAUGACACAAUCCUAGAACUUCUUGUUGCAAGCGGAGCAGAUCUUGAUUCGAAAACAAAGGAUUCAAAGACACCUCUAGAUUUAACUGAAGAAACGGAAAUCAUUGAACUGAUUGAGGAACUAAAGACAAAAGAGGUAAAAUAUCCAAGAAAAGGAAAAGGUGUCCGAAGAAAGAGAAGUAAUACCUCCAAUUCGUCCAUCAAGAGAACAAGUAUUCAUGAAAAGAGUGUGCUAUCACAUGCUGAUACCAAGGCUGAAGGAGCAGCAUUAAUGAUGCAACUACAAAAUAACGAGACAAGUGAAGUUAGUUCACCAGUUCAAAACACGUCAGUGAACACAUUCGAUAAGCAAAGCACAGAAUCUCGUGAUGAAAAUAACUCCUCAGGUUACAUCAGCGAGGGAAGUUCUGACACAAAAAAUGAGGAAAAACAGGAACUGAUUAAAACUUCUGAAAUAACUGUUAACAUGAAAGAAACGACUCAGGAAGACAAAGAAAAUAACGAGGAAACUGAACUUAGAGUGCAAACUGGUGACUCUCAGCUUAAGGUUGAAACACCAAGUGAGACUAAAACAAUCCAACACUCACCAAUCCCUAACAAACCUCCCCGGAGAGGAACAGGGAAUAAUUCCACAAGACUUGAUCCUCAAGCUUAUAUUAAUUUUGAAAUUGAACCUGCAAAAGGCAACAAAAAAGCAACGAAGACAGAAGUAGAUGAAAAUGCUGAUAUUAAAGAAAAUAUUCCGAAGGAUAUGAAAGAAGAAACCAAAUCAAGCUCAGCACAAAAUACUGAACCAAAAACGAAACACGAAACGCUCGUUAAUAACGAUGAAAACACGAAUAAUAAAACACGCUCUCUACAGGAGACCAAAGAAAGAAAUCAAGUUGAAAAACGCACGACGUCAACGUUACCGAAGUUGGCUUCGUCGGACAAACGGAAAGCUCCGGAACCUCCUGGCGAUGCAACGAAUGCGAAACAAAGUUCUGAAAAUAAUUCAAAAAAAGAUUACGCUCAAGAAGUUCAGAAAGCUCAACAAAGAAAAAAUGUGUCAUCCUCUAGUCUUCAAACAAACAACACUGCCAAAGAUCAACCAGUCUCGACGAGUAGUAAGUCAAGCCAACGUGGUUUCAGUUUGCCUCGUAAGACGUGCUGUUCCGUGAUGUAAGAGGAUAUGUGUGAAUAUAAAAGUUGAUUUCUUUAAGAAAAAAUGGAUAUCUGUUGAUUUACGAUGGUCUGUGUGUACGAAUAUAGAACGGACUGCUAUUGAGAUCUUCCAUGCUCAGAAUUCUUGACGUGCGUGAGGAGCUCAAAAGAUCACUUCUAUAUCGUUCUAUCAUUAUUCUAUCGAAUUGAUAUUUAGUUUUCAUUUUCUCAACUAUAAUUUACAUUAGAUUGUGCGGAAUAUGACAAAUGUAUCAUACACUUUUGUAUGUGAAGAAUUGUGAAUGUCCCCAUUGGACAUUGAAAUCGAAACUAUGGACUUGCAUUGUCUACUAUGGACAAACCCAGAUAUUCUGCAGUGGUUCGUGGGGAUACAGUAGAUUUCAAGAGAAUAUUUCCUAUCACGUCUUUAGCGUUUAAAGAUGAGAAUUUUAUUUUAUAGACAGUGUGUAUUCUUAAAUAAAGAAUUCAUUACAGUU